AACCAGUUGGUAUCAUUGAAGCGGUUAAAGUUUGAAAUGCUUCUUAAUUUUAAAAAAUGGGAGACGAAAUAAAUGUAGGGUAUAUGGAUAAACUAGGCAAAAGAACGCAGGAUGAGUUAUACGAUCUUAUCGAAAAGGUUGAAGAUUUGAAAUUGCAAAAGCAAGGAGAGGACGCCGAAAUUAGUUUUUUUGUUAGCUUGAGUGAUCGUGUGCAAGCCGUUCAAAAUCUAAGGGAGAAUGAAAUGAAAGAGCUUGAUAGCAGUGUAACUAAUUUGAAGAAACACCUCAAUGAAUUGCAAAUAAGUAAGUUUGAAUAUGAAAAUCGCUAUCUUCGAGAAAAGGAAGAAUGUGACAGACUAAAGGAAACUGAGGAAAUUCUGAGGAAAGAACUUCAUGACACCUGUGCAGUUGUACAGAGUUUAAAAGAAGAAAUAGAUCAUCUGAGUGAGGAAACAAAACCAAGUAAAGAAGAUGUAGCUAUACUCGAAAGAAAUCAGUCUCUGCUGAGGCUUUACAAAAAUCUUACAGGACUAAAAUGGGACUACACUGCACCAUUGUCGAAUCAUGCAGGGAGUGUUUUUAAUUCUGUUAAGAACUACUGCAAGUACUUCUGCUACCCAGCAACAGAAGCCAAUGUUGAGCGUGUGUGGGAUGAAAUUGAGAGUGCCGCCCAUGCAGUGUGGUCAGAUUAACAGCUAGGAACCACUACCCUAGCUGAAGUGCUUACAUAUACUCACCUUUGUGUCUGUCUUGUAGUUUGUAUUUGCUUUAGACCCAUGAUCUUUCAAGAUUUAUUUUUAUGUAUUGUAAUAGUUUUGCUGUAGAUGUUGGUUCCUCAUUCUAGCUCAUGCAGUAUCAAAUUAAGUUUCAUCUUACACAUUACCAAAGGGUUUGUUACAGAUUGAGAGGCACAUAAAUAAUCAUCUUGAUUAGGAACACAAUUAGUUGAACCUUGUUUUGCCUCACAUGUCAAAAGCCACAUCAAGAGAUCUUUCUUUAUUCCAGUAUACACUAAAGUAUACAUUGGCUACUGAAAGAAGUCCCAUGGAUUGGAAGGAUGCUGGUGGUUAUUAGUGCUACCAGUCACCAGUUAUUUAAUUUUUGGAGCUCAUGUGUCUAAUUGUUGACAUAUUUGCUAUUAAAGAUGUUAACUAGCGAUUAAAUUCUGAUAGAAACCAAAUUUAUGUUGUCUUUCCAAUGUUAUAGUAAGAUUUUUGGCAAGAGGGAAUAAGAGAUUGAAGAUGACCUCAAAGGAGAAAGAGAAUAAUGAAUAAAAUAACUUAGAUACAGCAUUAAGUCUUGGCCCAAAUAUUAUAAGAUUUCUCUUUUGUACAGAUGUAAAAAUAUUGUAUUUUUAGCAUACUUAAAUACAAUAAUGCAAAGAGGACAGUUGUGUAAAUAUUCAUCCUAGCUCAUAUGAGCACAAUUUGAUCUCUCUGAACAGUCUUCCAGUUACAUAUAUGAAAAUCACCGCAUGACAACAGUUUCAGUAUUUGUCCAAUAAAGUUUACUUCAUAAAUUUA